CGUCAGGCGACGGGUGUAGCCGCUCAGGUGAGUCCAGGAACUGCACUGCGCGGAGCUGCCACGCAUCCUCACAGCGUUUCAAACGAAUACAAGCCGCCGAUCCCCUCCGGCGUCCGGGCAGCAGGAAAAAAGCACUACUUUGGCGUUUAUUUGAAGAACUGAGGAUUUUCCACCAUGUUCAGCUGGGCAAACAAGGAACAGGGAGGCAGAAACAAAGACAGCGAGAUGUUUCAGACCGUCACUGAGGGACUCCAGAGUCUCUACACCAAGAAACUGUUUCCGCUGGAGGAGACGUAUCUUUUCCACGAUUUCCACUCUCCGGCGUUGGAGGCGGCGGAUUUCCAGAGCAAACCGAUGGUGCUGCUCGUGGGGCAGUACUCCACGGGGAAAACGACUUUCAUCAGGUACCUGCUGGAGCAGGACUUCCCCGGGAUGCGGAUUGGGCCGGAGCCCACCACCGAUGGCUUCAUCGCUGUGAUGUACGGAGAGAACGAGGGCGUCAUCCCCGGGAAUGCCCUGGUCGUCGACCCCAGAAAACCCUUCCGGAAACUCAACGCCUUCGGCAACGCCUUCCUCAACAGGUUCAUCUGCUCUCAGAUGCCGAACCAGGUGCUGCAGAGCAUCAGUGUGAUUGACACACCAGGCAUCCUAUCAGGAGAGAAACAGCGCAUCAGCCGAGGCUAUGACUUCUCGGAGGUGUUGCGCUGGUUUGGGGAGCGUGUGGACCGGAUCAUCUUGCUCUUUGACGCUCACAAACUGGACAUCUCGGACGAGUUCUCGGAGGCGAUCCGGGCGUUCCGGGGGCAGGACGAUAAGAUCCGGGUGGUGCUGAACAAGGCGGACCAGGUGGACACGCAGCAGCUGAUGCGCGUGUACGGCGCCCUCAUGUGGUCGCUGGGGAAGGUGAUCAACACGCCCGAGGUGGUGCGCGUGUACCUGGGCUCUUUCUGGGCCAAGCCGCUGCAGAACACCGAUAACCGCCGGCUCUUCGAGGCCGAGACGCAGGACCUGUUCAAGGACAUCCAGAGCCUGCCACGCAACGCUGCCCUGCGCAAACUCAACGACCUCAUCAAACGCGCCCGGCUGGCCAAGGUACACGCUUACAUCAUCAGUUACCUGAAGAAGGAGAUGCCGUCUCUGUUCGGGAAGGAGAAGAAGAAGGAAGAGCUGAUCAACCGCCUGCCGGAGAUCUACUGCAUCCUGCAGAGAGAGCACCACAUCUCCGCUGGGGACUUCCCCAACGUCACCAAGAUGCAGGAGCAGCUGCAGAAUUAUGACUUCAGCAAGUUUCCGUCCCUGAAGAUGAAACUGAUCGACUCGGUGGAUAAGAUGCUGGCCAAUAAGAUUGCUGGUCUGAUGUCGAUGAUUCGGGAGGAGGAGAGGAACCAGCCCACACAGAUGGUGACGGGCGGGGCCUUCGAAGGGUCCCAGGACGGGCCCUUCGGCCACGGGUACGAGGAGGGGGUGCGGGCGGGGGCCGACGCGGAGGAUUGGAUUGUCAGCCGGGACAAGCCCAAAUACGAUGAGAUCUUCUACACGCUGAUGCCAGUCAACGGGCGUGUCUCCGGGGCCAAUGCCAAGAAGGAGAUGAUGAACUCGCGGCUGCCCAACUCGGUGCUGGGGAAGAUCUGGAAGCUGGCGGACUGUGACCACGACGGCAUGCUGGACGACGAGGAGUUCGCCCUCGCUCAGCACCUCAUCAAGAUCAAGCUGGAGGGCUUCGAGCUGCCCAAUGACCUGCCUACUCACCUGCUGCCCCCCUCCCACAGGAAGGACCCCACCGCAGACACGCUCUUCAACCACCAGGAGGACUGAGCCCCGCCCUGCCCCGCCCCGCCCUCCCUGCCCCGCCCCGCCC